AUCGCGCCUAAGUCAACUGUUCUUGUUGCUAUAGACGUUCGCUCUGCUCGCAGGGUUGUUUUCCCCAUUUGUGGUUUAGUGUGAGCUGUUGGUCAGUGUGUUUGCUUUCCUAUUUUGCAGGUGAAGCUCCAGUUAUCACAAUUUUCCGAUGAGCGGAUCUAAGCGCGGAAGGAAAUCUGUCAUGGGUCUUGACCUAACAAAUAUCAUUGAUUCCCCACCAGGAAGUGCCGACUCGAGUGGAACUCGCAGAAGAUCCUUGAGAUUACGCCGCAAAUCUACAUGUGCAGUGUCCCAUGACGAACAAACACUACCAUCUAGAAGAUAUCGUCGAAAGUCUGUGAUAGACCCGCAAACUCAGACGGAUGCAGUUUAUGACGCAUCGUGCAACUCUUCUCAUUCGCCUGCCCAGAAUGAAAAGAAUGUACCAUGUACGGAUAUUUUUGCACAGCCAUGCUGUACUGCGUCACCCGAUAAGGUAUCUGUCUUAUCGCAAGAUGAAUUGGAAAAUGUCAGACCUCAAAGUCCUCCACACAUACCAUCAGAUAUUAAAGAUGUCUAUCUUCCUAAUAAGUAUACGCCCCCGAAACACAGGGGUUUGCCAACUAUUUUGGAAAAUUCUGUUGAGAAAAACCAACGCUGCCACAGGUUAUGCAGAAACACUGAGCGUUCCCCCUUACGAAGGCAGAUAUUUACAGGACAAACACUCGAAGAAGCAUGCAUCCCUACAGCUCCCGGCGUCGCCCCUCUGGAUCCAGAUCUUGUCUUAUCAACAACACGCAAGCGUAUCGCGAAGCGCCGGAGGCUUGCCAAGAAGUUAGGAUUUAAAGGUAUUACCAUAUCCAAAAAAACAGAAAAUAGGUUCAGCAAAUUCCUUCUAGAAUCAGCUUUAAAUUCUUCUCACAGUAGUUCAACUUCUGAUUGAGUGAAGAAAAUUUUCGUAGAGCCUCUCUGUAAAAGUCUAUUCCACUCCCUACUGCGUCUUUCAAUAAAAUAUAACAUUGUAUAGGGUUUUUAAAAUGUAUAUUUACCGCUUCAUUCUUGAACGUCUAUAGCAUUUUACUGUUUGUGGAAAGAUUGUAUAUUUAUAUACCAUUAACUCUAACUAUUUUUACUUUCUAUUGUACAAUAAACAUUAAAUUGAUACGGCAAACUAAACCUUGUUUUAAC